AUGGCGAAUGUGCUGCGCUGGAUACCUCUCAUUCUCUUUUCAACGUCUGUGCUGGCUUCGGAUGCCAUGAAGAGGGGGCAAAGCGACCCCAUCUUCUCCGCAUAUUAUACCGGGUGGCACGCAGAAGACUAUCCUUUGUCUGAUGUCAGCUGGUCCAAGUACACCCACGUGAUAUACUCUGUUGCGUCAACCACACCGAACGCGAGUGUAGUCGAAGUGGAUGUGCCCGAUGAUACACUUCUAAAACAGUUUGUAACAUUGGCCCACCAAAACAAUGUGAAAGCGAGUCUUUCAAUAGGUGGAUGGACAGCGUCGCGGUGGUACUCGUCGAACGUUGGUUCGGCAAUAAACAGAACAACAUUCGUUAAUACUGUCACAACCCUGGCGAAGAAAUAUGAUUUGGAUGGCCUGGACUUUGACUGGGAAUACCCUGGUAUGCAAGGAAUCGGAUGUAACACUGUCAAUCCCAAAGAUACAGCUAAUUUUCUAUCCUUCCUUCAACAACUACGCACCACUACAACAGGGAGUAAGCUCAUCAUAUCGGUUCCAGUGGCAGCCCCAUUUGCAGACGCAUCCGGUUCUCCUUCAACAAACGUUUCGGCCUUCGGCGAUGUGUUGGACUAUAUCACAGUCAUGAAUUAUGAUACGGGAUCAAAUCCUUCUUUCGGAGUAGGUCCGAACUCACCACUCGAUGAUUUGUGCGCCCCUGUCAGCGGUCAGCGGAGCUCAGCUGCAAGACUAGUUGACGCUUGGUCUGCUGCGGGGAUGCAUCUUGACCAAAUCGUACUGGGUGUUCCUGCGUAUGGUUAUGGAUACAGUGUUUCCAAAAAAUUGGCGUUCACGUCCGGAUCAAUUUUGGCUCCAUACCCUGCAUACAAUGUCAGUAACACUCCACCUGGUGACAAAUGGUCCGGAGUUGGGGGUAUCGACGUCUGUGGAAUUAGCGAAGGGCCUGGCGGGGAAUACACCUACUGGGGCUUAAUGGAGGAAGGCUUUUUAAACACAGAUGGAACCACCAAAACUGGGAUCGCAUAUCGAUACGAUAAUUGCAGUCAAACACCAUACAUGUAUAACGCCACCUCUCAAGUUUAUGUGUCUUUCGAUAAUGCUCAAUCUUUCGCGGCGAAAGGUGAUUUCAUCCAUUCAAAAGGUUUGAGAGGCUUCUCGAUGUGGGAGGCUGGCGGUGACUACAAUGAUACCCUGCUCGAUUCAAUUAGUGUGUCAUUCCGCUUGCUGCAAUACCGUCUGUUAACGCCGGUGCUCCAGGGGAGGCAACUCUAA